AUGUUUUUUUAUACCGUUCGAUUUCCUACAAAACAGCUAAUCAAGAUACUGAUUGUGGAUUUAGCAGAACUAGGAACAACAACAACAGCAACUACAACGUCAGCAACGACAGUAACAACAACAUCCGUAACCACAGUAACAACAUCAGCAGUAACAACGACAACAACAUCGGCAAUAACAACAACAGCAACAUCUACAACAACGUCAGCAGCAACAAGGACAACAACAUCAGUAACAACAUCAACAACAACACCAGCAGCAGCAACAACAACAACAUCGGUAAUAACAACAUCGGCAACAAUAACAACAACAAUACCAAGCACCAGCGGAGUCUAUUGGAAUACAACCAAUAAAAGGUAUGCGGGUACCGGUUCAUCAGGCAAUGCUUCGAAUCAAUUAUCCAGUCCAACUGGCAUAUCCAUAGAUUCAAAUAAUAAUUUAUAUGUCACUGAUAGUGGUAACUUUCGUAUAAUGCAAUAUGUACCAGGUGCCAGUACUGGUAUUAAGGUAGCUGGGUCAGGUUAUGGUACUGCAUUGGACCAACUUUCGUCUGGCACACGUUAUACUUAUCUUGAUUCAAGUCAGAAUAUUUAUAUUAGUGACACAGACAAUAAUCGUAUUCUUCGUUGGACAAUUGGUGAUACCAUCGGGACGAUUGUGGCAGGUGGUGUCACUUAUGGAACCUCGUUAUAUCAAAUAUAUUAUCCGUAUGGUGUAUGGGUGGAUUCUAAUUCAAAUGUAUUUGUGGCGGAAUAUCAAAAUCAUCGUCUAACUCGAUGGGCUUCAGGUGCAACAACGGGAGUUCUUAUUGCUGGCGUUACAGGCUCAUCGGGUAAGUCGAACGAUGAAAAACCAAUUUAG